AUGGAAAAUUCAAUUAAAUUUUCAAAUAAUGAUUUUAUAAUACUACAAGAAAUAAUUGAUAUUUUAGAACCAUUCUAUGAUAUAUCCAUCAAGUGUCAAUCAGAAAAAAUUGUUACAACUAGUCUUGUAGUUCCAGCUAUUGUUCAUUUAAUGGUUCAGUUGCGUGAUUUAAAAGAACAUGUUGUAUUUGAUGCUAAACUUGUUCAACAACUUCAAUUAUCCAUCGAAAAACGCUUUGCUGGUAUUGUUAAUCGAAUAAAUCAAUUGAAUAUUGAAGAAAAUGAUCCAUUCAAUGAUCCUGUUUAUUUUAUUGCAACAGUUCUUGAUCCAUCCUUCAAGUUCUUUUGGCUUCGUGGUUUAAAAUUAUCUACUAAUGCAGAAAAUCGACUAGAGCAAGAUGUUAUUCAAUUAAUAAUUGAUGAGAUGAAUAAAGAUUUAAAAGUUUCAUCAACGAAAUUAUUUGAUAAAAGUACUUUUUUCAUCAUCGGCGCCAAAAAAGAGAAAUUUUUUUUCUUAUGA